UUGUUCUCUCUCUCUCUCUCUCUCUCUUUCUUCUUCGUGUUGUCUGACUCUGCAGAAAAUUUUCUCUGCAGACUGAAAACCUCACCGAAGAAGAACAAGAAAAACCAAACAAAACUCCGAUAAAUUAGACAAAAAACCCUAGUCACAGACAGCACAGAGCCUCUCUCUGUUGUUUGGUUUCCAUGGAGUCGGUGUCUCGGCCCCCGCACAGAAGAAAGCACUCCACCGCAAAUGCCUUCUCGUCCUCGUCCUCCUCUUUCUCUUUCAAGAACCCUUACGACGACGUCGUGUUGUCUAAAGGCGGCAAGGUGAAGUUCGGUGCUCAUGAGUACGCGGAGAUGUUCUCCGGGUCUUCGUCCAUUCCGGUGCUCGAUCUUUCGGGUCUGGAUGAACCGGUGGAGUCUGCCGAUUACCGGAGCUCCAAGCUCGACUAUACUAGCAUUUUUGGUGGAUUCAGGGACGAUGACGUUGCCGUGCCUUAUGACGAGUUGGUUAAUGCUGCUGCGAAGAAAGCUAAAACUCGGAGUCUGGCCGAUGCGCACUCACGUUCUCAAGAAUCAUUUUCGCUACAUUCUCCGGGAAAGGCCAAAAAGUUCCCCCAUGGGGCAUCUGACCAAUCUAACGAAGGAACUAAGCAGCAUUUUAACCUGUCUUUCAAUAAGACUGGUGAAAGAAAUGCUGAUGUAUCAAAUGGGAAGACACAUGUAGCACAACUCAAUGCUGUUCCUGGAUUUACUUACUUUGUUGAUGGAACUCCUCAGUUGCAGAAGACAGAAGGUGACAGGUCUGUACCUUCAUUGAAACGUGAAGUUAGUCGCACCUGGAGCUUCAGUGCUGGCGUUGAAGCAGUUGCGGUUAAAGGUGGAGUAAGUUGGGAAAAGGCUUAUAUACCUGAAAAGUCAUGCAAUGUGAAUGACAUUAACACCAGGGCAAACAUCUCGAAAGUUCCACCAACUUCAAGUCGUCCAUCUAAUCCAAACGUUAACAAGGACGCCAGGCGCUCCAGGUUACCGAGUUUUGCUUCUAAGGAUGCUUCUGGAGAGGCUGCUGGUGAAUGUUCUCCACCUUUAUUUGAAGAGGAAUUAGAUGAAAAUUCAGUUGCUGCUGUAUCUGCCGCUGCCUUGAAAAAAGCCAUAGAGCAGGCUCAGGAAAGUAUAAGAAUUGCAAAAAUGAUAAUGGAAAGAAAAAAGGAAGGUCUUCAAGAUGGUUCUGAACCUAGGUCUAAGGGUCGCUUGAAAGUUAAGUAUAAUAAGGAAACUAGGCUUGACCAUGAGGCCAAUGGGUCCGCAGAAAGAAAUGCAAGGGGGACAUGUGAAAGAUUAGAUCCUGCAUUCCCUAUAUUCACUGAGUUGGAAUUUGCUCCUUCAGUCAGUCAUAGUGAGAAACUUCUUAAUGCUGGAAAGGCUGAGGAGGGUAGGGUAAGGGACAAUGAUCGAGCUGCCAAAGAACAUGGAGAUGCAUUCAAUGGGGAAGGUGAGAGAUCUGCUCCAUCUUGCAGUCAGAGAGAGACAGUUAAUAUUACUGGAAAAGACGACUUGAAAAAUAUCGGGCAAAAUUUUGAAGCAGCUGAAGCAUGUGGAGAGGGAACAAAAUUUAGUGGAUUAGCAGCUAAUGCAGAAUGUACAACUGCAACUCCAAAAUCUGACAAUGGUAACUUAGUAUGCUCCACAAAUAAACUCGGAUCUCACCUCGUGGAGAUGGAAACUAGCAAGGAAAUCUUCGAACAGAGAGAGUUAUACUGUCAUCAACCAGAAGGGCCUGAAGUCGUUGCUGAAAGGGCUCCAAAUACUUCCCAAAGGGCAGGGGAGGUGGAGAAAAGUGUGGAUGAAGGCCUGGUUCAGGCAACUACUCAUCAUAUACAAGAACCGGAAAAUAUUGCUGAGCUGUUGGAAGGAGUUCAUAAUUUUUCUCAAAGCACGCAAGAGCAGGAGAAGAUUGUGCAUGAAGCAGGUGAAAAUUUGAGGAUCGAGCAGGAGGUUGAAGUAACUGAGGAGAGAGAUAUUGUUGAUGAUGAUAAGGAAAAGUGCGAGAAGAAAAAUGAGGAAAUGGUUCAUGGGGAACACUUCACUGUGCUCAGCUCGGAGUUCAAUAAUUUGCUGAAUGAAUUGCAGGAUCUGUCCGAGAAAGACAUGUUGGAGCACAAAGACAGAGAAGCGAAAUCGGAAAAUGGUCUACAUGGAAGAAGUAGUGAUGGAGCAGAAGAUCGGGUGAGUCAGAAAGAGGCACAUACAUUAUUUGAAAGUGAGCAGCAGCUGAAGGAGUCCCUGAUGAAAGAAAUAAGUGAGGGGAAACCUGAAACCUUUCCAGAAGUAGCAGUUGGAGAAAAGGUAAAUGUAGUUCAUGAGUCAGAAAUUGAUGACAGGAAACUGAAUCAUGGACAAAAAUUACCUGGAGAGGAUGAGCAGAAUGAAAUUGCAGACAAUAUGGAAACUUCUGAAUUUGAAGUAGCUGAGAACAUACAGAUGGAAGUAAAUGGUUGUGAUGAAGUUCAGAAUAGUGACGUUCCUUGGGAUUCUGGAGAAACAAAUGACAUUCAUAGAGGAUGGACAAGUGAAGAAAAUCACGAUAAAUUUGGGUAUCAGGAGGUUGCUGAUGAAUCUGUUGAUGCCCAUAGUGAUGAUUCCGGUACCAUCUUUGGUGGUACUCAUAAUGAUACUAGCACCAUCUUCGGUGAAAGUCAAGAACCUUCUGAUGUUCACUUAAACAACAAAGCAGAAGAAUAUAAAGCAGCAGCUAGAAGCUACAAAAAGAAUGAUAACUUGCCUGGAGUAACUGAGACAUUUUCGACAAUUGAGAAUAAGGAGGCAGGAAGACAAUUCCACCUGGAGGUUGGUGAAAUGCCUGGAACAGAUAGCUUGCGCAGAUGUGCAUCUGAAGAGAACUUUAUCGGAAGCAAACUGAAUAAUACUGUUGAAGGUCUUUCUUCUGAUAGCAAGACUGAAACUGACAGUUCCAUGAAUGCAUCUAAUGAAGAUACACUGCCAGAAGAUGAGGACACAUGCAAACCAGCUAGCGAGAUUCAUAAUGCUCCUCAAGAGUCUGCUCCUAAAAUCAAUAUGCAAAAUUUACCUGAGGUCCAUCCUUCUGAUAAUAAAGCAGCUGAGUUUGAUCAGAUAAAUGUGAGACCGGUGUUGGAACCAACUUCAGAGAGCGAAGAAGAGUCAGAAUCGACCUCCAUUCCUGAAAAUAUAGAUGGAGUGUCAGCUCACGAGUUGAAGGAGAGUACCUCAAACAAGGAAGCAGUGAGAGAUGACCUUGAUAUGAUUUCUGAUGAAAGAGAAAAUGUUGAGGACCAGAGCAGAGGGGUGUAUCCGGAGGACCAAAGUGAAGAGAUGCACUGUCAAUCAAAUAAUGAGCCCAAAGAAAUGGACAAGUCCAUGGAAACUGAAACAGAGGUAGAAACAGGUCAAAAAAUGGGAAAUAAUGAUGAGAAUCUCAGAGGAAAAUCCACCAUGGAACAGAAAGACGCCAAAGGAAAUGAGCAAAAAUCUGAGAUGGAUGAUCACCGGCAAAGAAUUGAAGCCAUCAAGAGGGGAAGAGAGCGGGAAAAAGAUCGAAUAGCUGUAGAAAGAGCAAUUCGAGAAGCUCGCGAGAGGGCAUUUGCUGAAGCUCGAGAAAGGGCAGAAAGAGCUGCUGUGGAGAGGGCAGCAGCUGAGGCUCGACAAAGGGUUAUGGCAGAGGCAAGGGAGAAGCUUGAGAAGGCCUCCGUAGAGACUAAACAGUCGGCUGAUAAGGCAUCCACUGAAGCCAAGCUUAGAGCAGAACGUGCUGCAGUAGAAAGAGCCACUGCAGAGGCCCGUGAACGUGCUCUAGAGAAAGCAAUGUCUCAGAAAACUUCCUUUGAGCCAAGAACACAGGCUGAGAGAAACCCUGCAGAAAGGUUUUCUACUUCCUCCAGAAAUAAUGGACUGAAGCACAGUUUUUCAUCCUCGGAUCUGGAGAAAAUUGAUGGAACUGCUAGUGAAUCAGCCCAAAGGCGCAAAGCAAGGCUAGAGAGGCAUCAAAGGAUAAUGGAACGGGCGGCAAAGGCCCUUGCAGAGAAGAAUAUGCGUGAUCUUCUUGCCCAGAAAGAGCAGGCGGAGAGAAAUAGACUGGCUGAGUCUCUUGAUGCUGAUAUUAAGAGAUGGGCAACAGGAAAGGAGGGGAACUUGCGUGCACUACUCUCAACUCUGCAAUAUAUCCUUGGGCCUGAGAGUGGCUGGCAACCAAUCUCCCUGACAGAGAUCAUAACAACUGCUGCUGUAAAGAAAGCUUACAGGAAGGCAACUCUUUGUGUACAUCCUGACAAAUUGCAGCAAAGAGGAGCCAGCAUUCAGCAAAAAUACAUAUGUGAAAAGGUUUUUGAUCUUCUCAAGGCCGCAUGGAACAGGUUCAACUCAGAAGAAAGGUGAAUAGCAGAGUAGUCACAAUUGUUACAGUGAUGCAUCUUUGUAUUUAAUUUAUUUAAUUUAUUUUUUCAUAUGAGAGUUUAGGGCUAUUUCCCGUAGAUUUCACCAAAUAGAUACAGUGCAGAAAGUGAAAAGAUGGUGGCAAGAAAUUACUUCAUUUGCUGAUAGCUAGAUGUAACUCAAUGAACUUGGAUCUUUGAUAUGCAUAUAUUUAGGUAUAUUUUCAUCUGUUUCAAA